GUCUCCGUGUUUGGGUCAGACUCCUCUUUUUGUUUUGUCCUGAAGCUUCCACACGGGGUCACGUGGGCGCGCGGGGUCACGUGGGCGCGUUCAGCUGACUGUCGGGAGCGCGCAGUGUACGUGCCGCAGACAGAGGAGGAAAAUGGCGGAACAGAAAAAGAGCCGGCUCCAGCACACGAGUUUCAGUAUGGACCUGUGGGGGCAGUGCAGUCGGGCGCAACAGCAGCUGGAGGACGCCCUGAGUGGACUCUUAAAGACAGAGAAAGAACUGAGACAAAACGCUACAGAGGUGCGGGGACAGGUGCAGAGCCUAAUGAGUCGCCAGCAGGAGGCGCUGCGCUGCAGAGAGCUGUGGCUCCUCGGACAGAUCGAGAUCCUCGAACAAGUGAAGAGUGAGAGUCUGCAGCAGCAGAUGCUCCACAUGACACGACUCAGAGCUCAGCUGGACCUAAUCUCAGACCAGCUCCAGAAGCAGCCAAUCAGCAACGACCUGAGGAACCACCUGACCAAUCAGUUGACUGCGCUCCUGGACAGCAUGGAGAUCCUGAGCCUGACCCCAGAGGAGACCCCUGACCUCUGUUUCCAUGGUGACAGCCGCUCCUUACGCGCCGCCAUUACAUCAUUCGGAGCUGUGACAUCAUCUGCCCACAGCCCCGCCCCCAAGAGACAGAAGACAGAGGGCGCUCUGAGCCAGUGGCUGCUGGGGGCGGAGCCACAGUCUGUUUCCAAGGGUUACCAGAGCAGCGAGACACGGGAUUGGCUGGUAACAUGUUCACAGCCACAGACUUGGGUCCAGACUCCGCCUCCCUUCAACGUGUUUUCAGCCUGGGGGCAGCUCCUCGACCUGGAGGCAUGGCUUGUGAAAGAGACCGCGCCCCUUUCCUCUUCUAACCCCUCCCACGACGAUGGCCUUAGCAGCAGGGGGCGGAGCAUCAGCUGCAGCACUUCCUCUUCUUUUGAGGAGAUUGACCAAUCAGAGUUGAGCUCAGAGGAGAUGGACCAAUCAGAGGCGUGCGAGUCCUGGGGGGCAGUGCUUCGGCCCUUUGAAGACCACUGGGAUAGCUCUGAUUGGCUGCUGCCCCGAGACUGCUCCUCCUGUAAACGCCCACAGAGCGCAGUGGAGAUCGAGAACCUCGGGAACGCGCUCGGGAAACUCAGGUGUCUCAAGAACCAGAACGUCCAGGGUCUAAACCAGGACAAGACCCAGGACAAGACCCAGGACAAGACCCAGGACAAGACCCAGGACAAGACCCAGGACAAGACCCAGGACAAGACCCAGGACAAGACCCAGGACAAGACCCAGGACAAGACCCAGGACAAGACCCAGGACAAGACCCAGGACAAGACCCAGGACAAAGAGCGGAGCCGCAGCGAGGCGCUGGAGGCGUGGCUUCAGCAGGUGGCGCCGGUGCAGCAGGUGUGCCGUGCCAACAAGCCCUGUUCUUCUCUGAGAAACUGCGUCUGUGACGAGAACUGUGGGCGUGACGCUCUGAGGGCGUGGCUACUGCGAAGGGAGGGGCGGGACAAGAACGGAGUCAAGACCUCGCCCACUAAAGAGAAGGACACGCCCACUAAAGAGAAGGACACGCCCACUAAAAACAAAGACACAAGACUGAAGAAGAUGCCACUGUCCUUCAGUGAGAGAGAGGAGAAGGUUCAGGCGAUCCUUGAGGCUUGGCUCCACCCCCUCACCUCCAGCUCCGCCUCUUCCUCUGUUUCCAUGGAGACCACUGACAGCUGUCCCUUCCAGCGCCCCCUGCAGGCCGACCUGUGGGUAGCACCGACAAAGACACCGGCCAAUCAGACACCAGAGCCCGGCACAGGCCACGCCCCCGGCACAGGCCACGCCCCCGACUCACCUGAGGCCGACAGGUGGCUGCUGCAGAAACGCUCCAGUGCUCAGGAGCGCGCCCUGCCCGUCGUCUGUGACUUGUUCUCCUGCAUGAAACUCAACAAGGACAAAGACCUGUGGCUGCACUCGCCCCCCCUACAGAUGUGAGGAUGAGGAUGAGGAUGAGGAGCGUCCUGAUGAAGACUUUGACACUUUGCUGAAAUCGCACACUUUGCCUUUAACUCAGCCACAGAUUAAACUGAUCUAACAAUCUAUAAACUCAAACUAAACUUUAAAAUGUCAAAUUCAAAUGUGAUAUUUUAAUGCAAAGCUAAUCUGACACACGGGGAGGGCAUCUGACACACACGGGGAGGGCAUCUGACUCGCUGAUGAACUCUGUGGUUUAUUUUCUUACACUCAGAUGAUUAUUCAUAUUUAUGUAGCCUUGAACUCACUUCCUGUCACGUGACUCGGAGCUGAGCCGUGAUUGGCUUUUCUUGUUUUUAUUUAGAAUUUUAAUGAAUGGGUUUUUGGGGCGGGGCUUAUGCUAAAGCUGAUGAUGUCACUUCCUGCUGCUGUGAUUCUCUACAGUCAAUAAAGACGUCAU